UGCCUAUGUUGCUGACUCGGGUAGUGUUGCCAUCUCUAGCUUGCCAAACAGCUGAUUCAUACACGCUGAAAGUGAAAUGUGGUUGCCUAUGUUGAAAUUGCAACGAUUCGUGCCGCAUGGACCGCUACGAACUGUGACAAAAGAUUGCAUCAGGAUGAGCAGCACAGUGUCUACAGCUGCCGCGGAACAAAAACCGCCCACCAAAUACGAACGCCAACCAAAUGUGUUGCGUAAAAAGUUGAGCUCUGUUGUGCCGGGCUCUGUGAAUUUACAGGUGCUCGGCGCAGGCGCCAACGGAGCACCCAGCGCUGUUUACUUGUUUACCGACCAGUCCCGUUACCUGUUCAACUGCGGCGAAGGCACACAGCGUCUGGCGCACGAGCAUAAGACACGCUUAUCCCGUCUGGAGCAAAUCUUCGUAACAAGGAACACGUGGACCACAGUCGGCGGGCUGCCAGGCCUGGCUUUGACCAUCCAGGAUGCAGGCGUGCGCAAUGUCGGCCUCCAUGGACCACCGCAUCUGGACACCAUGCUGCAGAGCAUGCGCCGCUUUGUGGUGCUCAAGAAUUUGCAGAUGCAGACCAUUGACAGCACUUUGGGCGUUCAAUAUGAGGACUCGAUACUGAGCGUACAGCCAAUUGUGCUGCGCAGCGAGCAGCAGCCCCUGCAACCCAUACUCAGCUACAUAUGCAAGCUAAAGCCACGCCCAGGUGCGCUUAACUUGGUCAAGUGCGUCGAAGCGGGCGUGCCGCCUGGCCCGCUGCUGGGACAGCUUAAAAAUGGACAAGAUAUAACUCUGCCCUGUGGCACAGUGGUACACUCUGUGGACGUCACAGAGCCAGCCGAAACGGCGCUCUCCUUUGUCUUCAUAGAUGUGCCCAGCGUGGACUACUUGGAUUCUUUGAAGGCGCAGUCUGAACAGUACAAACAGCUGGCCAACUCGGAGCUAACCGAGGUGGCGCUUGUGGUGCACUUCAGUCCGCCUGAGCUGACAGCUCAUGCCGACUAUCUCAGCUUCAUGCAGACCAACUUCUCGCCGUGCACCCAGCACAUUUAUCUCAAUUCGCAUUUAAAUCAUUUUUCUGGCUAUGCCGCUGCACAUCGCAUUCAAUAUCAACUGCAUCAGCUGGCUCCGUGCUACUUUCCGCUGCUCGCUGAGUCCGCGCAGCUGCAGCAGAGUUGUCCCAGCAACACGCUCAGCCACAGCCUAAAGAAAACGAAGCUGGAUAAUGGCGUGGAGGAGCCGCGAGACAAUAAUUUAAGCGAUAGUGAAAUCGUUGAGGAACAGGAACUGAAGCAGCAGCAGCAGCAGCAACUGCAAUUGAAGCAGGUGCAAGGCUUUGCUUCCAUGAGCAGCUUUCAUUUGAGACCUAAGAAGGGAUUGGAUCGCACGUUGGAAUCGAAGCUGACGCCGGAGGAAUACAUCAAGGAGACGCAUGCGGUGCCUGGUUUCAGCGAGCUGCUCGCACAGCUGCAGAGCGAGACGGCGGACACAUUGAAGAUCGAGAGCAAAAGCUAUCCGCGCAUCAUAUUCCUGGGCACUGGCUCCUGCAUACCGAAUAAAACGCGCAACGUCAGCUCGAUUCUCAUUCAAACUGCUGAGGAGGCGUUCAUGCUGUUCGACUGUGGCGAGGGCACGCACGGUCAGAUCGUGCGUCUCUUUGGGCGAGAGCGUGCGCGUGAGGUGAUGCUGCAGCUGCAGGCUGUUUACGUCUCUCAUUUGCAUGCCGAUCAUCACAUAGGACUGAUUGCUCUGCUGCGCGAGCGACAGCGUCUGGAGCCGGCGUCACCUUUGCUGCUGCUGGCGCCACGUCAAAUCGAGCCUUGGCUGAGCUUUUACAAUCGUCAAAUCGAACCGAUUGAAGAUGCCUACACGCUGGUGGGCAAUGGCGAGCUGUUGGAACAGCCGCUGGCGGGUGAGCGUGUCGAGCAGCUGGGCAUGGCUUCGAUAGCCACCUGCCUGGUGAGGCAUUGUCCGCAUGCCUUUGGCAUCAGUGUCACGCUGCAAGCGCAGCACGAAGGCGAGCCCAUCAAGGUGACCUACAGCGGCGACACGAUGCCCUGCUCAGAUCUUGUGGAACUGGGACACAAUUCAACGGUGCUCAUACACGAGGCCACCAUGGAGGAUGACCUGGAGGAGGAGGCGCGCAUCAAGACGCACAGCACCAUCUCGCAGGCCAUACAACAGGGUCGCGACAUGCAGGCCAAGCACAUCAUUCUCACGCACUUUUCGCAACGCUAUGCCAAAUGUCCGCGCCUGCCCAGCAGCGAGGACAUGCAGCACGUGGCCAUUGCCUUUGACAAUAUGCAGGUGACUGUCGACGAUCUGCCGCACUAUCACAAGCUCUAUCCGGCGCUGUUGGCCAUGUACGCUGAGUACACCGAGGAGCUGGAACAGCGCGCAGUCAAGCGAGAGCUCAAACAGGAGAGAAAACGCAAACUGGCCCAAACGUGAGUAUAUGAUAGCUGGCACAUAUAUAAAGAUGGUACUUGGGCUUAAGUUAAGCUAAGCUUGAUUUUUUUUUUCGUAUAUACCAAAUGCUAGCUUAUCAGUAGCUCUUAAAGUCUUUUAUAGCUAUAUAUCAUCAUCAGCGGAUUAUAAAGCAUCGCAGAAACUUAGAUUUUAAUAUAAAAUACUUAAAAAUAAGUUCAGUAACAUUUAUACGCAUUGUUAAAUUGUGAUUGGAUUAUGACAUCCCAUGCCAUGCAGCCAAUGACAAUGUCAAAGGUUAAAGUUAAAGGUUAUUAGACAUAAAAGAAAACUUAAAAUCUA